GUUCUCUCGCGUCGGACGCGCGUGACGUUUGGGGGACACCUCUUAGAACCCGUCUCUCCCGGUGGAGCUGCACUAAUGGGUGACACCUACCGGCACCCCGUGGGUGACACCUACCGGCACCCCAUUUUCUUCGAGUGCCUCGGGGUGCUCGGGGCGCACGAGCAGAAGAGAAUAGAAAGAUAUUUCCGGGUCCGGCGCAGAUCGGGCGGAGGAGACUGCGGAGAGCUCCGGAGGGUCAUGGAUCGCACCUACUGCGUGGCGUUCACGCACCGACAAGACCAACAGGCGGUCCUUCAGAGGUGUGAGCAUGUGGUGGACGGCGUGGUGUUGUCGGUCCGAGGCAGCAGAGGACCUCGGCCCUCCUCUCCGGGCCGCCGGGCUGCAGCUCCAUUACAGAGCCCACAAUGCAUUCCUACCUCAACUCCUUCACCAAGUGGUGAAGAACAUGAACUACAACUCAAGUCUCCCCUCCUACGUUAUCUAAAGGAGUGCCCAAAGGCUGUGAAGGAGAAGCAAACAAGUAUUCAUCGACUCGGCGAGGCCAAGCUCCGCCUCCUCUGGAAAGACAUGGAGCGCAGUUUGCUACAAGAUUUUCCAGGAGUGAAGGUUGUGCAGGGAGCUGCAGGUCAGUUAGUCUUGGAAGGUUCUGCGGAGGAGAUUCUCAAGGCUGAAGAUUUUAUCUCUGAGCAGGAGAAUGCUGUGUUAGAAAGGACCGUUUCUGACAUGAGCCUACAUUCUUUGGCCUUCUUGAGAAAGGCCUACGGUGGUCCAGGGGUUCUAGGGGACUUUUUAGGGGUUGGGGGCAAGGUGGAAAUAGAGUUGCGAGACACAGAGGUACGUUUCGUAUCUCUUUCCACUGAUGAUCUUGAUGCAACUGUAAAGGCACUGCAAGGUGAGAUCAAGGAAGUCAAGAUUUAUGUCCCUAACUGCUCCUCUGUGCCAUCUGAUCUCAGGGAAAAGCUAAAGUCCAAGACAAGUGAGAUGAACCAAGGCCAAUACAGGGCUCAGGUUGUGUUUGGCACAGACAGCACGGUAUGCCUACUGGGCCACGCCAAAGAGGUGGAAGAGCUGAAUGAAUUUGUCAUCCAGUUUAUUUUGGACAAGUCAACUGUUCAAAGCAUUGUCCAUCUGCCUUUCACAGAGUUAGCACAAGCGUUGCCAGAAUUGCUGCAGCUGUAUGGUUUUGACUAUUCCGGGGUUACCUUCCAUCCCAAAACAUCUUCCUCUGGUUCCUUGGUGGUGCUGGAAGGUCCAUCUGGAAAAGUGGCUGAGGUCAGACACUGGCUAGGUCUAUUUCUGGACUCCUAUCUUGAGGAUAGAGUCACCACUGACGAGUUAGGGCCAGUAAGAGAUUCCCAAAGUCCCACUGGGAAUGAUGCUUUCCCAAAUGUUGCGCGUGAUGUGGCGUCCUUAAGUUUGAGUGAAGUAAACGCAACGGUUGCUAGCUACAGCCUCCGUGAUGGGUUCCAGGUGCUGGUGUGUCAGGGUGACAUCACCAAACAGGAAGCUGAUGCCCUGGUGAACGCUGCCAACGAAGAUCUGGACCACUGUGGUGGGGUCGCUGCUGCACUGAGUAAAGCAGGCGGCCCUCAGGUGCAGAAGGAGAGCAGAGCGCUAGUUAAGCAGACUGGAAAGGUUGCUACAGGUGAUGUGGUAGUGACCACAGGGGGGAACUUAAAGUGCAAGAAACUGCUGCAUGCUGUUGGGCCUGUAGGAGGACAAGCAGGUGGCAGAGAGAAGAUCUUACUGGAAAAAGCUGUACAGUCUGCUCUGAAUUUAGCAGAGAUGAUGGAGUUCCAGUCGAUAGCCUUGCCCUGUAUCAGCUCAGGUGUGUAUGGUGUUCCUGUCGCCGUGUGCUCUGACGCGAUUGUAACCGCUGUAAAGAAGUUUGGCAGUCAGGGAGGGCGAAGUCUGAGCAGAGUCAUCCUGAUUGAUAACAGAGGAGAGGUGGUGAGGGCCAUGCAGGAAGCAUGUGACCGGCUUCUCCAAGGGAAAAGCAGCGGAAACGACGCACCAAGAGAUCCGGGGAUCCAAAGAGGAGCCACUGGCGGAGCUCCUAAAGAUGGUGUCCAUGUGGAGAUCAUUCAGGGAACCAUAGAGACCCAGCAGGUGGAUGCCCUGGUUUUGCCCAUGGUUGGCCAGGAUCCCGUCUCCACCCGGAUUGGAAACACUUUGUAUGAAGUGGUUGGAUCGCAGCUGACAGAAAAGUUUAGAAAGAAAGCAAGAAAACAAAUUGUGCCUGGUGACGCAGUCCUGGUGAAGGGCUUGCACACACUCCCAUCUAAUGCCGUGUUCUUCCUCGACCUCAUUCCCUGGGAUGAAGAACCAGAUGGAGCUGCAGUUCAGGUUCUGAGACUGGCCAUCAACAACACCCUCACCUCCUGCGAGCACAAAGGGUUUGGAUCAGUUGCUCUCCCUGUACUCGGUGCCGGGGUUGCCCUGGGCUUUCCCGACAGCGUGGUUGCCAGGGUUCUCCUGGAGGGAGUUCAUGCGUUUGAACAGAACCGAGCCAGCAGAACCCCAUUCCUGCUCCGCGUCGUCAUCCACCCCGAUGACGAAACGUCCAGCGAGGCCUUCAGGUGUGUCCAGGAAGCUUUCCAAACCAAAGGAUUCACAAAAGGUGUUCCCCAACCAGACCAAGCGUCGACUCCGAGGAGGAUCGUCCUGCUGGGAAAAACUGGAUUUGGGAAAAGCAACCUAGCGAACACCAUAUUUGGAGAGCAGCUGUUCAAAACACACCAAUCUGCCAACUCUGUAACAAACGAAUGUCAAGCUGAAACCAAAUCUGUCAACGGACGAAGCAUCACCCUGAUCGACACUCCUGGCUUCUUUGACACCAGCAGGCCUGAGGAGGACCUGAAGUCGGCCAUAGUGGACUGCAUCACAGAGUGCGCUCCUGGGCCUCAUGUCUUUCUCAUCGUGCUCAAAGUGGAGAGAUUCACAAAGCAGGAGCAGGCUGUCAUCACUAAAAUAUGCCAAUACUUCUCUGAAGAGGUUUUAAAAUAUGCCGUGAUCGUCUUCACACAUGGCGAGCAGCUCCCUGAAGGACAGACCAUCGAGGAGUUUUGCAGAGAGAACAAGGAUCUGAGGGACCUGGUGAAGAAGUGCGGCGGCCGCUGCCACGUCGUUGAUAAUAAAUACUGGAAGAACAACCAGCAGGAAGAAUACAGGAGCAACCAGGUCCAGGUGGAGGAGCUCCUCAAGACAACAGAUAAGCUGCUGAUGGAAAACAAUGGAGGCCACUACACAAACGAGAUGUUUCCAGUAGUGGAGAAACAAAUACAGGCCGAGGAAGAGGACAUCAGAAAGAAUACGUCGGGAGACGUGCCGCAGGAAGAGAUCCGAAAACGGGCAAAGAAAAGAGUGUCUAACAGGUUGUUGAUCCAACUGGCAGGAACAGGAACAGGAGUCGUGUUGGGAGCGUUCCUCGGCUUGGCGGUGAUGGUUGGAGUAGCCAUCACGGCUCUGCAAAACGUUGCAAAGUUGCUGACGCUGGCGAAGAGUGUCCGAGAAAUAGAUGGCGCUGCAAUGGCAGGAGGAGGAGGAGGAGGCGCUGCAAUGGCAGCAGCAGCAGCAGGAGAAGGCGCUGCAAUGGCAGCAGCAGCAGGAGGAGGAGGCGCUGCAAUGAUGGCAGCAGCAGCAGGAGGAGGAGAAGCAGUCGGUGGAGUGGUGUUGGGAGUGACCGCCGCCGCCUUCGCUGCAACCGGAGGAAUCCUAGGCGGCGUUAUUGGUAACGAGGCAGCCGAGGAUGCAGACACGCCAUGGGAGGCAGUAGAGAUGGCAACAAGUGCUGUCUUCGAAAAAUCUAACACAUUGAAAUCCAUUGCUCUUCGAUGGCUCAAGUAGAGUUGUUGCUUUUGGCCACCCGGACCACGUUUAUACCACGUACAUCCCUUUUUAUUUCGGUCUUUGUCUCCACCAAUGCUCCGUAUAGAGCCAGGGGGAAGUCCAGGGUCGGGUGAUCAUUCUUUGUGGGUUUCGUGGUCGAGUGGACAAUUAAUCAAUAUUUCAUAUAACAAAAGUGGAUCGGUGCAGGUUUAAAUGAAGGGAAAACCUGUUUAUAACAAAAGUGGAUGAAGGGAAACCCUUUUUAUUAUAAAGUGGGUGAAGGGAAACCCUGUUUAUAACAAAAGUGGAUGAAGGGAAACCCUGUUUAUUACAAAGUGGGUGAAGGGAAACCCUUUUUAUUAUAAAGUGGAUGAAGGGAAACCCUGUUUAUAACAAAAGUGGAUGAAGGGAAACCCUGUUUAUUACAAAGUGGGUGAAGGGAAACCCUUUUUAUUACAAAGUGGGUGAAGGGAAACCCUGUUUAUUACAAAGUGGGUGAAGGGAAACCCUGUUUAUUACAAAGUGGGUGAAGGGAAACCCUGUUUAUUACAAAGUGGGUGAAGGGAAACCCUGUUUAUAACUAAAGUGGAUGAAGGGAAACCCUGUUUAUUACAAAGUGGAUGAAGGGAAACCCCGUUUAUAACUAAAGUGGAUUGAUUGCAGUUUAAAUGAAGGAAACCCUGUUCGCGGCUGAGAACCACUGAUUAAUCAAAACAAGUUAAUUAAUUAAUUAAUUAGUGAUUCUGGAAAAAGGUGGAGACAUGCUUUAUUUUAAAGAGUCAAACCUCCUUCGUGAAUAUAAAAACAGUGCCUUGCAUGAGUAUAUACAUGAUCAAAUCCAUUUACAAUGUUUGAUUAUCUCCAUAACUUUACAUGUUGGAUCAUAAUCGACUAGUUUCCACUGACCUGAUUCUCUGUAUUUUUUUCAUUAUUUGUUACCAAAAAAAAUCUGUAUUUCAACAAUAAAAGCACUGAUUGCAAA